CAAGAAUAAUAUGACUAAUGAUGCUUGUUUUUUUCUUCUGUAUGUCUCCUAUGAUAUACUUUACCCUGCUUACCAGGAAGUUUUGUUUCAUCUUUUGAACUUUUACGCAAUUAACAUGAAUUGUUUACAUGAUUGGAUAAAAUAGUUAUUACAUUAUCACACUGUUCAAGUUUGAAAUUGUUAAUGUUAAUGCACUUAGCAGUAGAUGUGUGAUAUUGUAAAACAGAAACGGAUAAACAUGCAAGUGACAAAAACGUUGGUGUAUUUGUUUCAAAUAGUGGUUUACCUUUGUCAAGAAACAAAUGGUGACGUGAGUCAAUGUGGUGGAAGAACUCCAGCUGUUCGUAUCUGCAAACACUCGGAAGUAACUAUGGUUACAAAAGUUUUCAUAGAAACUGCCUAUGUACCGCCACGUCAGAGAAAUAAAUGUAAAUGCAAUGUAACACCAGCAUUAUUGAAUAGCAGCGUUUCACUGUUUUACCGGAAGAUUUCGCGGGAAAGUAAAAACGUUUAUUUCAAAUUUCAAGACAUCAUCUUAAACAAAACAGAAGAACGUGCUAACUCAACCCUUACUAAAGAAAAUGAGCUGGUUUUGGAAACAACAUCUGAUUUCAACACAAAGGAUGUUUGCCUUAUUAUUUCCACAGAAGGGGUUUUAAAUUCAGAUGAUGAAUCAAAAUUCAAUAUAUUCUGUGAAGAGUCACAAUGGGCUGUUACACAAUCCACGGUUCCAGAGAUUACGAUUAGUGAACUUAAGACAAGUACAAAUUCAACAUUAGAAAAUAGCAGUGAUGUAGAUAUUUGUACUAUUGGUAUCGCUACUGGCGGAAUUGUUUGUGUUAUUGUGGAACUUGUUGCAAUUCUUAUAAUUUGCUACAAAAGGGGAGCCAAGAAACAGAAGAAAAAUGUGAGGACACCAAAACUAUCACAGGAAGAGAACGAAACAUCUGCAAGAAACGACGAAGAUGAUAAUGGUUAUUAUAUGACAGAGAAUCCUUUGUAUAACGUGACUGAACCCAUAAUGGUCAAGAAUGAGUCCCCUCUAUAUUCGCUGGUACAAAAGCGUGCACCGAAUAAUGAACAAAGAAUGGAAGCAUAUGAUGAUAAUCCAGACUUACCAAAUAACUUAACGCAACAUUUGGUGUUCCAGCAAACUGGCGAAAACAGCAUAGUUGACUUUGAAUAGUUUGGUGACGCUACUGACAGUGAGUGCACUGAAAUCCGAUACGUCGAUGUUGUCAGUGGUUUUUACAAUAAAAAAAAUGAUGUUUAAAACUUACUGUAAUACCGUCAUUUAAUUCUACAUCGUACAUUUAUGAUAACAGAAAAGGUUACCUAAGAAAGUUAAAUUUUUCAUUUUUUUACAUUUUUUGAUAUUAAUUAUGCUAUUGACAUUGAAUGACACGUUAAUGUUUUAUGAUCACUAUCUUAGGAAUACAUCUGCGGAUUUUGAUACAAAUUAAAACAUAUCAUUUUCUACUAUUUAUUACUGCUAGUGCUAGUGUCAGUGGGCGGAAUUGCUUGUUUUAACCACUGACGUCUUUAUACAGGCUCAAUUAAAGCGAGCAUGCAAUGUCGUACGGGCCGACCAAUGCGGAUUUGUUAUUU